AUGGCAGCCGUAGCGACCAGCACUCCAGCAUCCCAAGGCUUCUACAAGCCCGAGGAGAACGUCUUCUGCAACGACGGCCGCGAAGACCAACUCCUCACCUUCAUAACCACCCACCCCCAGCUCUCCGCGAUCCGCAACUCGCCCGAGGCCGUCCUCGCCGCCAUCGACGAGUUCGCGCGCACCAAAGACUUCCUCAUGAACGUGGGCCCGCACAAAGGAACCAUCAUCACCGACAUCAUCGCGACCGAGCGACCGGCCUCGAUCCUCGAAAUCGGCGGCUACGUCGGCUACUCGGCCAUCAUGUUCGGGAACGCGAUGCGCAACACCGGCGUGCCCAGUCCACGCUUCACCAGUCUCGAAAUGAACCCCAAGUUCGCCGCCGUGUCGCGGGCCCUCGUCGAGAUCGCAGGCCUCAGCGAUGUCGUGGAUAUCCAGGAGGGCCCGUGUCGGGCGUCCCUGCAGCGGUUAGCUGCCACGGGGAUCAGCUCGGGUCUGGGGUCUCGCAAGUGGGAUAUGUUGUUCCUGGACCAUUCGAAGAUCUCGUAUCUGAAUGAUUUGAAGCUCGCGGAGGAGCUGGGGAUUGUGGCGCCCGGCUCGAUUGUCAUCGCGGAUGAUAUGAAGAGGCCCGGGAACCCGAUGUAUUCGGAGUAUGUGCGCGCUGGGACGGAGAGUAAGACCGAGGCGUAUAAGCCGUUCGUGGGAUGCUUGUCGGAUGGCGGCAUUUCGUUGGGGAAUCCGUGUUUGGUGUAUCAGACGAUGUUGCUGGAGGGGUUGGAGCCGACGGGGCAUAUGGUGAGUUCUCUUGUCGUUGUUUGA